AUGUGGUCAGGUGAAAAUAAUUGUUUUAAUCCUCAAGAUAUAAAACAAAUAGUUAGUCAUUCAGCUCCAAUAUUUACUGAUUAUGAACUUUUUCAUAUUCAUACACAAUCUCAAGUGACAUGUUCAGAAUGUAAUUUUAUCGAUACUACAGAUGAAAUAACAACAUUUCUUCCACUUCCAUUACCUUUACAAACUUCAACUUAG